AUGGCGAAAUUAGCAGAUGAGAAGAGAUAUGUUAAAAAGGUUAACGACAAUGAUUUCGAAAAGAAUAAAAAACGUAAAACACAUUUAUCAGAGGAAGAAAGUUCAGAUGAUGCUAUAAAUCCUAAUUAUACUUCAUCUAUAUUUCUAUUCCGGAAAAUUAACAAUAUACAACAUAUCAUUAACAGUGUUUUUGUUCAGGAUGAUAAUCCAUUGUACGGCCGUGGAACAUUGGGUGUUUUCUCUGGUGUUUACAUCAGUUAUAUGCAAAAUAUUCUUCUUCUUGGUGUAAUCUUUAUUCGCUUGCCAUGGAUUGUUGGUGUUCUAAGCUUAAGUUUAACAGCAUUCUCAAUUUUUCUUGUCUUUACAGCGGUUUUAUUCUCGUCAUUUUCUGUCGCAGCAAUUGCAACAAACGGAAGUGAUCGUCUAUAUGGUGGUCCGUUUACUACAAUUGCCUACAGUUUGGGUAAUCGAGUAGCGCUUGUUGCUGGAGUAAUGCUUUGCUUAGCAAACUGUGGUUUUACUGGAACAUGUUUGACAAUAUGUGCUCAACUAAUUCAACAAUAUAUUUUGAAGCCAACACCAAUGAAGCCACAUUUAGCAAAGCUAGCAUUUGAAAAUGAUCAUAAAGCUAUACGAGAAUUAUAUGAAAAACCAUAUUACAUGCAUCUUACCUUACUUGUUUCUUUUUUGAUUCUCAUAACCCUAUUUAAUAGUUUUGGGAAGCGAAUUCUUAAAUGGAUUUGUUGGAUACCCUUUACAGUUUUCAUCAUUUUACUUGUUGGUAUUUUCAUCUCUGCUAGUACAAAGAUCAUUCAACGGGAUGUCGAAUUGCGAUGCAUUCAUGAACCUAUGGAAUUAAUUCCAAAAGAUCGUUAUUAUGAUCAAGUACCAGUGCUAUUAUAUUUGCCAACAAACUACACAACCGUACCACCAAUUAGUGCAAUAAUUGAUCCAUCCAUUAUGAAACAUUUCUGCGAAUAUCCGUUCUAUACAAUGAAUUGUACUUCCGACAGCGUAAACGAUUGUCAAUUCAGCAAUUUUCGUUUGAAAGCAUUUGAAUGGAAUCUCAAAGUGAUCCAAUCAAAUUUACAGUAUCAUAUCACUGAUACCAAUAAUAUAAAUAAUUUUGAUUGGCGUGAUAUUAUUUACGAUAUAUAUUUCUUUGAAGGCAUUAUCAUCAGUACUAAUGUAAAAUUUGCAUCAGUUACCGGUUGUGCACUUAUUUUAUUACCAUUAUUUACGGGUAGUAUUUGUGGUAUUAAUAUUUCAUCAAUGCUAAAAUCACCAACUAAAAAUAUUCCCACUGGAAUUUUUAGCAGUUUAUUAACGAUGCUUUUUUUGAUAACAAUAUUAGCUUGUUCAUUAGCACUUGGCAUAGAGCGCCAUUUAUUGGUCGAUAAAUAUGGACAUGGAACAUAUCCGAGUUUUCCGAUAAUUUUUACAAUUUCUUCUCCAAUAAUGCUUAUCACCGGUUUAAUGCUUAUGUCAAUUGCUGCUGCAAUUCAAAGCAUGUAUACAGCUAAAAGUUUAUUACUAAGUAUCAUCACCAGUCAUACCAUUCCUCUACCACGAUUUUUCUAUCAACGAACGAGCAAGCGUCGUAAGAUAGUUGCUAUCAUGAUAACUGCCUUCCUCAUUUUGCCAUAUUUAUUUGUUAACAGUUUGGAUUACAUAUCGAUUAUUGCAAGUAGUUGCAUGCUUGUCGCAUUGAUAACAAUUAACAUUGGCACAAUCAUUUGUUCAACACUUAAUUUUCCCAGUUUUUAUCCAACAUUUCGAUUCUUUCGUUCAUUGUUUGCAAUGUUUGGUAUUAUUGCCUGUGCUAUAAUGCUUUAUGGUUGUAAGCCACAAGUUGGUAUGAUAGUAAGUACCAUUGCACUUCUAAUUUAUAUAAUAUUUCCAUUACAUCGAAGACGAUUCCGUCGUGGUACUCCGUAUGCAAUUGUCGUUGAUAUUGCUAAUAUGUUGUUAUAUUCAUCGACUCAAAAGAGCAGUGUCGGAAUGGUGGAAGAAUUUGGUUCAAAGCCUCGUUGCAUUGUUUUUACACGAUUUCCAGCACCAUGCGAUAAUCUUCUACGAAUGGCUAAAAUUUUAUCACAAAAUCGUAGCGCACUUUGUCUAUCACUUAUUCGCGAUACAGGUGAUCAGGAAAAUAUUGGCUCAGAAGAUGUGAGAACAGCACGACAAUAUAUGGAAUAUAUCGAUUUGUCCGGUUAUGCCACUCAAUUUAAGUACCAAAAGAUCAGUUCCCUACAUUCGAUUGCAUCAGCAUUAGCAAGUUGUUGUGGUUUGGGAGUUUUUCAGUCAAAUACUGUUAUGAUCGAAUAUCCAUCAGAAGCAGCUUUAAGCGGUUUACCUGACUCAUUACUUUAUCAUUAUCAUAUGCAUCGUGUUUGUGUUCAGCACUGUAAUUUAGUCGUUGUUAAGGGUAUUUUUCCGCUAAAAAUACCGCCAGUGCAAUCAAACAAAACGAUUGAUAUUUGGUGGAUUAUUGAUAAUGGUGAUGUAUUAUUAAUGGUUGCAAGAAUGUUAAAAAAGCAUAAAAUUUGGUGUAAAGCGAAAUUACGUUUAUUUGUGGUGGUGGAUAUCGAAGAUGACGUUAAAAAAAUUGAAAAAGCCCUUCUCUUAUGGCUAAUUGACAAUCACUAUCUGAUAAACAAAAUUGAAUUUAUACAAGCUGAUUCUCGUAUUAUAUCAGAUUAUGUGCAACUAAGAUCAUUACAAAUAAAACGAAGAUAUUGUAAAAUGAAUAAAAAAUCGUGGUUUACAUAUUUGCAACGACUAGUUGGAAUACCAGAUGGGAUGCCAGCACAAAAUGCUAUAGACAGUGGUUUUCAUGGACUAAUGACAACCUCAAUAAGAAGUAAUUCAUAUAUGAAAACGAGUGAACAACAGCAAAGAGCUCGACAACUGAAUAAGGAGAUUCUGAGACGUAGUUCGGAUGCUGUCCUUGUAUUGAUGAAUAUGCCAGAACCACCCGUACAUUUGGAACGAUUUUGGAAAUAUUUGAAUUUUUUAAACGAUAUGUCUAGUGAAUUGAAAAAGGUGCUAUUUGUUCGAGGCGUUGAUGUACAGUCUAACAUAGAUCUCGAAACAUCAGCUAUGAAAGAGUAG